AAGGGCAGUUGAAGCUGGAGGAGAAAAGGGUGACUUCUCGCGCAGGAUCGUCGGGACGCGUCUCGCGUAUCGGGAAUAGCAAUCUGCCAAGAUGGGGAAACAGUUUGGGAACUUGAUGAAAACAAGGCAUGUUGUCAGCUACUACCUGUCUCCGUUUGAACAAAAAAUAUUUCCCAACAUCUCACACAGGAUCUUAAACACUUGGAGACGGUUCAGUUCCUCGUUCUUUCGGGUGACACCUCCAUUUGUCGUUGCGUACAUGGUAUAUUCCUGGGCGAACGACUACAAUAAGAAGUUGAAGAGAAAAAAUCCGGCUGACUUUGAAAACGACGUGUAAAAAGAAGAUUCAUGGGGGAAACAUUUCUCUCGGCUUUUUUCCCCCUAUCUCGUUUCCGAAGAUAUGACGCAUAGUCGUAAGAACAUUGGCAUUCAAUAAAUCUCUUUGUGUCCCAUC